UUAGCUCCAGGUGUUAACGUGCAGUGUAAGAGUGAAAACAUGACCAUCAUCAUCCCCAAGUCACUUCUCUUUGGUAUUGACCGUGAACACCUUCGACUCCUGGACACUAGUUGCAAAGCUGCAGAGAAUAACACCCACUUUUCACUCACAACACCGCUGACUGGCUGUAACACAACAAGCAGGCACACACCCACAGCUAUCGUCUACUCCAACGCAGUCUUAGACAUGCCCGUAGCUGUUAAAAAUGUGGUGACACGUGUUCGUAAAUUAGAAAUACAAUUCAGCUGUUUUUACAGCAAGCAUGGCGUGGUAUCUUCAGUUGUUUGGAAAGCAAGUAACAGAAAGCUUGUGUUUAGCAAUGAAGGAGAAGGGAAUCUGACACUCUCACUUGAGAUGUUUCAUAACAAAACAUUCGUGAGUCCUUACACGAAGAGGGACUUCCCUGUGGCAGUUAUACUUCGCAAUCCCCUCUUUUUUGAAGUGUCUGUCAUAUCAGAUGACAAGCAGCUGUCAAUCAGAGCAGAUCGCUGUUAUGCCACACCCACUCAGGAUCGUAUGAACCCUCUGAAGUAUGAGUUCAUUAAACAAGGGUACGAUAAAAAAAAUACAUUAUAGUACAAUGACAUUUUUUAAAAUCUCUGUUUCUGGGAUCGUUAGUGGGGACGCACAUGUCAGCUGUUGGCCAUUUUGCCCUGUACCUAGUAAAAGUUCCAGAAGUCUUUGCGAAACUUAUAUGGCCCAGUUUCCUUCCGGUUUUCAAAGUAGCGAAUUCUUGCCGAAGAAAAGCAAUGUCAUCCUCGCGUUUAUUAGGGGGAGGGGUCAGUGGGGUUUGGUGAGUUCUGCAAGUUUUUAAACUGACUCACCGGCGUAAAAUUCGUUAUGUAGUCGGCCACUAAUGUAUGGCAUGCACUUAAUUUAAAUGAUUAAGAUUAAAGCAAUUAAUUAAACCGAUAUAGACACAGCAUCUAAAUUUUUUUUUAUUUGUACUUAAUUUUUAACUCAGUUAUAAAGGUAGUUCUACCUUUGUUUGAUUUCAUUUCUCUUAGAUGCCCAAGUGAUGCAACAUUACAGUACUAUUCUGCGCCCUUAGCUGGUGUUCAGCGGUUUAGCCUGGAAGCCUUCAAGUUUAUUGCAGAUCAUCCAUUUGUUUUUCUUCACUGUCACGUGAUCCUUUGCAAUGCCUCUGACCCAGGCUCCAUAUGCAAUAAAAGCUGUUCAGCAAAAGGCGGCAGACGAAGACGUGAAGUUAGUCCCCAAGAAAAUGACGCCUACACUUUGGGCGAAGGCCCAAUCUACCUGGCUCGCGAAAAAGAAGAGGAAAUACAAUCUAGUGGUCUGGGUAUGAGGGGUAUG